UUGCCAACAACUUCAAACAGCCCUUUCGUAAGCCUGUCAGCAGUGUGUCGCCUGUCUCAGCUUCAUCUCCUCUGGCCUGACAACUGGAAACAUGCUGUCUUUCACUCUGAGACAACUCACACGGCCACUGUGCCAGCGAGCCCCAGUGCGUCUGUGUGUACGUGGACAGCAGUCCCAUGCUGCCACUCGUGUAGUGGAUGAAGAACGUCCAUGGACGGGACAGGAGAGCCUUGCUCAGGAUGACCCAGAGAUGUGGGACCUGCUGCAGAGGGAGAAGGACCGGCAGUGUCGUGGCCUGGAGCUUAUUGCAUCUGAGAAUUUCUGCAGUAGAGCAGCUCUGGAAGCUCUGGGCUCCUGUCUGAACAACAAGUACUCUGAAGGCUACCCAGGGAAAAGGUACUACGGCGGUGCAGAGAUGGUUGAUCAAAUUGAACUGCUGUGUCAGAAGCGAGCCUUAGAAGCGUUUGACUUGGACCCAGCUCAAUGGGGUGUCAACGUCCAGCCAUACUCUGGCUCCCCAGCAAAUUUUGCUGCCUACACUGCUAUACUCAACCCCCAUGACCGCAUUAUGGGCCUGGACCUGCCAGAUGGAGGACAUCUGACCCAUGGCUACAUGUCCGAUGUGAAGAGGAUCUCAGCCACCUCGAUCUAUUUUGAGUCCAUGCCCUACAAGCUUAACCCUGCAACAGGACUCAUCGACUACGACCAGAUGGAGAUGACGGCCAGGCUGUUCAGGCCCAAGCUCAUCAUUGCUGGCACAAGCGCCUAUGCCCGCCUCAUUGACUACGCCCGCAUCAAGAAGCUGUGUACUGAGGUCAAGGCCUAUCUAUUAGCUGACAUGGCCCAUAUCAGCGGUCUGGUGGCAGCUCAAGCCAUUCCCUCUCCUUUUGACUACGCUGACCUGGUCACUUCUACGACACACAAGUCCCUCCGUGGAGCCAGGGCUGGUCUCAUCUUCUACCGUAAGGGUGUUCGCUCUGUGGACAAGAAGGGGAAGGAGAUUCUCUAUGACCUAGAGGACAGGGUCAACUUCUCCGUCUUCCCCUCCCUGCAGGGCGGACCUCAUAACCACGCCAUUGCCGGUGUGGCUGUUGCACUCAAGCAGGCACAGUCUCCCAUGUUCAAAGAAUAUAUCGCCCAGGUGAUAAAGAACUCAAAGGCUAUGGCUGUUGCUCUUCUCAGCAAAGGCUACACCCUCGUUUCAGGUGGGACCGACAACCACCUGGUCCUGGUGGACCUGAGGCCUAAGGGCAUCGACGGGGCUCGUGCCGAACGAGUGCUGGAGCUUGUGUCAAUCACUGCCAAUAAGAACACCUGCCCUGGGGACAAGAGUGCCCUGACUCCUGGUGGCCUCAGGUUAGGUGCUCCAGCUCUGACCUCUAGGCAGUUCAAAGAGGCUGAUUUUGUGCAGGUCGUCGAGUUCAUGGAUGAGGGCUUCAAAAUUGCUUUAGAUGUCAAGAAAAAGACAGGAAAGCUGCAGGACUUCAAGAACUUCCUGCUUCAAGACCCAGAGACGGUUGCUCGCAUCGCCGAAUUGCGCCAGCGCGUUGAAGCUUUUGCCAGGCCCUUUCCCAUGCCAGGUUUCCACGACCAUUAAAACCAGCCAGCUUAGAGCGAGAGCGGGGUACAACACAGCCAGGUGCCAGAGAGCUGGCAAACAAAAAGAGAGGUAUCAUGGUAGUCAGAUUCCUGUUAAAUGGUAGGAUGCUUCCUUCAUCCAAAAACCAAAUUUGUAAACACUUUACAGUUGUCCAUCAAUCUAUUCUUGUAAAAUUAUGUUGAGGUAAACAGAUGGUACAAAUGACAGGUAUUUUGUAGAGCUGAACGUAUUUUCUGACAUGUGUAAAGAUCUCAUUUAAAUGUCUUCAGAGCAUUUUUUUUAAUCUGGAUGUGUGGGAGGAAAAUAAAACGAUUAUGUCAAAUCCUCUGACAACUCAAGACAGCGACCAAUAAUUGUUAAUAUUGUAAACUGUGACUUGAUUAGUGUAAAAUUAAUUUGAAUAGCGUACACUGAAGAGUCUUAAUGCUGCAAAACAUCUUAACUAAUGUCACUAAUGCAGUUGAUUUUCCCUCAUGGAGAUGUGUGCAUGUUAGUCAAGUGCUCUUCUCUCAUUCAAUGAAAGCAGGUACAGGAGAAGUUAUCAUGUGGUGGGUGAUUCUGUCAAGUAAUUGCAAAGUGUUCUUUUAUGUUUUAUUAUUGGGAAAUUUUGUUUUGAAGUUCAAUCGAUUCAACAUUUUCCCAAAACAAAACUUUUGCUUUUUUCAAAGUCCUAUCUUUGAACUGCAAAGGCUAAAGGAAUAGAAGAGGACAGAACAAUUUUUAUUAUAUUACAAUAAAGCAUCACUACAUUUUUAAGAAAAUAUUAAAAAAAACAUUAAAAAUCUAUAUUUUGAGAGAGUGCAGCACUGCAAUUAAGCAUUUCCACUUGACUGAAAGUCUUAAAGAGGAUGUUGUAUACUUUUUGGCUAGUGUCGUGUUUUUUUGUUGCUUCAUCCAGCAUCAGCAAUGUCAGAUUUUAUUUGCCAUACAUUGUAUGACAUGUAAAUUACUAGGUUCUGUAAUGGAUAGAAGUGUCAUCCCAGAUUGUUUAAUUCUCAAACGCUUCUUAAAUGUGUUUACAAAGAGUCUGUACUUUGUAGUUUGUAAAAAGAAUUAACUGUGUGUGUAACUGCCAAUUCAUAUAGCUAAAGGGUAAAAAUACAAACACUGCUUUGUCCUGGCAGCAUAAUGUUUCAGUUUUGCCUGCAUUUCCUGUUUUACGCACUGGUGUUCAAUAAUGGACACCAGGAAGCCACCUGAUUUGAUAUAACAUGCUUCAGACUAGUUUAUUUUCUAUCUUGUUCACAGACUGAACCUGUUGUCAUUAUCACUGCAUCAGUGAGGAAGAAAGUUUUCUGUUUGUGAAAAUGGUCUUACAGCACAGUGGGGGGAAAAGGGUGAGAGAAAUGAUGUGGUGCUUUCUUACUUUGCACAAAACGCCACAUCUAAAGUGAACCAAAUCAUAUGACUUUUCCAUAUCACAGGGUUUUGACAGCCACAGAACUUCACCAUUGAGUAUUUUCCUACAGUAUGAGCUCUGCAGUAACUGCACAUCAACUUUCUUUCAUAAAACAGUUUCUUAAUUUUAUUAACUAAGUUCUAAUAAAAAUGCAAUUAAAAUAC